CUGACGAUUUCUCUUAGAAGGGGGCGGAUGGGAGACGUUGGUUAAUAAUAACAAUUCCUACACAUUGUGCGGGCGCAAAGUGUUGCGAACCCAAACCCGAAAGUGCAACGCUGCUUUAUGAAAAGAAAGCUACGCGGAAACUACUACAUAUCGCGCAUUCCACGACGCGACCACAGGAGCAGCAGCACCAGAAGAGCAUAGCAAAAGGUGACGCAAAAAGUUUACACGACGACGUAUGUGGGGGCGGACGGGAGGCGUUGGUUAAUAAUAACAAUUGUUUGCUGUCGUUGCGGCAGGAGAGUUGGCGUUGGCGAUGGCCACUGCACCGCGCUCACUGGACACCAUCUCCCUGUGCUCGACCGUCUCUAGCUGCCCCGAUCGCAAUGGCUUCUACGGCGGCUUUCAGCGCACAGACAAGCCCAAAGAGCCCCUUUCCAAGGCCCAGAUCAUAGCUCGCGAGAAGAAAUGGCUGAACAUGAUCGAAAAUUGGUCCAUCUACAUGUCGAAGAACUACAAAAAGAUUCGUGAUCGCUGUCGCAAGGGCAUUCCCAAGUCUGUGCGGCCCAAGGCCUGGUUCUAUUUAUCCGGAGCAUAUCUCCUCAAAAAUAGGAAUCCAAAUGUCUACAAAGAGCUGCUGGAGAAGCCUGGCAACCCGGCAACCAUCGAGGAGAUUAAGAAGGACAAGCACCGUCAGUUUCCGUUCCACGAAAUGUUUCUCGAUGAACAGAAGGUCGGCCAAAUAGAGCUCUUCAACGUGCUGAAGGCCUACUCCAUAUACAACCCCAAGGUGGGAUUCUGUCAAGCGCAGGCACCGAUAGCCGCAUUCCUAUUGAUGCAUCUGCCAGCAGAGGACGCCUUUUGGGUGUUUGUGAGCGUGUGUGAUGUCUACCUGCAGGACUACUUCAUACCUGGCUUGGAGGUUUUACAGAACGAUGCGGGCAUACUGGAGGGCCUGCUGAAGAAGACCUGCCCGCCAGUGUAUCGCCAUCUGCAAAAGCACAAAGUGGAGCCGCUGCUAUACAUGACCGAGUGGUUCCUCUGCGGCAUGACUCGCACUCUGCCCUGGGAGACACUGCUACGCGUGUGGGACUGCUUCCUGGCCGAGGGCAUUCGGGUUAUCUUCAAGGUAGCCCUGGUCAUAAUCGGCGCCUCGCUGAGUCGGCACAAGGUUCGCAAGACCUGCACUGGCCUCUGCGAGACACUGGCGGUGAUGCGCUCCCCGCCAGAACAAAUCCUGGAGGAGGAGUUUAUCAUCAACAACAUGAUGCGGCUCAAUCUGCGCGUGGAAGACUUUCAAAUAGAGCACACGAGGCAGAAGGCGCGGCGGGCCAAGCAGAAGGCCCAACAGGAUGGGAACGAUUCGGGGCCCAGCAACGGACGGCGCAAUAUGCCAACGCUGUGAUCACGAUCACGAUGACGAUCACGAGGCCAAGCAAGCAACCACUACUACAGCAAUGGGCAGCAACAAAUUGUUACUAAACCACACACAGACAGAGAGAAUGGAUUUUUGCAUCUAUUGUCGAAUAGGAAGAGGGUCGGUCGCAUCGUGCACAAAGUGGAUGUGAAUGUGGGUUACGGAGACAUCAUUCCAUGCAAUCAGUUUGUCUAAUUUUAAGCCAAUUCUGUUAAUUCGUAUCUGUAUUGGAAUUCGUAUUAUUAUUAUCAGUUAGUUGCAAAUGUUUACGAGCGUGCAAUUGUUUAUGCUUUUCAAAAGUAUUUAUUAUAACUAUUUAUUAUUAUUAGUGUUAGAGCGGAGUUUGAGGAUCCCGAACAUAUCGUAUUAUAAUCGUCCCUCACCCACGAGACACCGUUUCCCAGGCAGCUGAGUAUGGUCCUCCACAAAUGUAUGUAUUUUUAUCACUGACUCGACCUCGACCAGUGACCAGUUAACGUUUACCCUUCGCGAGUGAAUCAAGUGCAGAGAGAAUACGUUGCCGGCAACAGCUCCACAGCUCCAGCAGCCUGCUGCGGCUUGUGGGCGUUUCGGGCAUAAUCGAAAUUAAACUUUAUGACUAAUAAAACAGAAUUAUAUAUACACCUG